AUUGCGGCGGCGCGGUGAGAUCGAAAUGGCGACCGAGGGAGACGUGGAGCUCGAGUUAGAGACUGAGACCAGCGGCCCUGAGCGGCCUCCCGAGAAGCCAAGGAAACAUGACAGUGGUGCUGCUGACCUAGAGCGGGUUACUGACUAUGCGGAGGAGAAAGAGAUCCAGAGUUCGAAUCUUGAGACGGCUAUGUCCGUCAUUGGAGACAGACGGUCCAGGGAGCAAAAGGCCAAACAGGAGCGGGAGAAGGAACUGGCGAAGGUCACUAUCAAGAAGGAAGAUCUGGAGUUGAUAAUGACAGAAAUGGAGAUCUCUCGAGCAGCAGCCGAAAGGAGCUUGAGGGAACACAUGGGCAAUGUGGUGGAGGCUCUUAUUGCCCUAACCAACUGAUAAAGUGUGUUUAGACAUUCUGGACUGAUUUACGGAAAUAAAGUGUUCUGUUUUGCUGUUUUUUUUUUUUUUUUUUUUCCAGUUUUAUCCCAGAUCAAAUGCAUUAUAUAUCCUAUUUUAUUGUCAGUUUCUAUGUUGGACCUUGAUGAAACCGUAUGAACAAUCAGUGUAAAGAAGUACCUAAUGUUCAAAUACAGGCUCUGUUUUUAUUACCCUUA